AUGCCGACCGUAGAAGAGCUUUAUCGCAACUAUGGCAUCCUAGCCGACGCUACGGAGCAAGUUGGCCAGCAUAAAGAUGCCUAUCAAGUGAUACUAGAUGGUGUGAAAGGUGGUACAAAGGAAAAAAGAUUAGCAGCUCAGUUUAUUCCGAAAUUCUUUAAGCAUUUUCCAGAAUUGGCUGAUUCUGCUAUCAAUGCACAGUUGGACCUCUGUGAGGAUGAAGACGUAUCAAUUCGACGGCAAGCAAUUAAAGAGCUGCCUCAGUUUGCCACCGGAGAAAAUCUUCCCAGAGUGGCAGAUAUACUAACCCAACUUCUGCAGACAGAUGAUUCUGCGGAAUUUAACUUAGUGAACAAUGCCCUGUUAAGUAUAUUUAAGAUGGAUGCAAAAGGGACUUUAGGUGGCUUGUUUAGCCAAAUACUUCAGGGAGAGGACAUUGUUAGAGAACGAGCAAUCAAAUUCCUUUCUACAAAACUUAAGACUUUACCAGAUGAGGUUUUAACAAAGGAAGUAGAGGAACUUAUACUAACUGAAUCCAAAAAGGUCCUAGAAGAUGUUACUGGUGAAGAAUUUGUCCUGUUUAUGAAGAUACUAUCUGGGUUAAAAAGCUUACAGACAGUGAGUGGAAGACAGCAACUCGUAGAGUUGGUGGCUGAACAGGCUGACCUGGAACAAACCUUCAAUCCCUCCGAUCCUGACUGUGUGGACAGGCUCUUACAGUGCACUCGGCAGGCAGUACCCCUCUUCUCUAAAAAUGUGCAUUCCACAAGGUUUGUGACUUAUUUCUGUGAGCAGGUUCUCCCUAACCUCAGUUCCUUGACUACCCCAGUGGAGGGCCUCGAUAUACAGUUGGAGGUAUUGAAACUAUUGGCAGAGAUGAGUUCAUUUUGUGGUGACAUGGAAAAACUAGAAACAAAUUUAAGGAAACUGUUUGACAAGUUAUUGGAAUACAUGCCUCUCCCUCCGGAAGAAGCAGAAAACGGGGAGAAUGCUGGUAAUGAAGAACCCAAGCUACAGUUCAGUUAUGUGGAGUGUUUGUUGUACAGCUUCCACCAGUUGGGCCGAAAACUUCCAGAUUUCUUAACAGCCAAAUUGAAUGCAGAAAAGCUCAAAGAUUUCAAAAUUAGGCUGCAGUACUUUGCCCGGGGUCUGCAGGUUUAUAUCAGACAACUUCGCUUGGCUCUGCAGGGUAAAACAGGCGAAGCCUUAAAAACAGAAGAGAACAAGAUUAAAGUUGUUGCAUUGAAAAUAACCAAUAAUAUCAAUGUUUUAAUCAAGGAUCUCUUCCACAUUCCUCCUUCUUAUAAAAGCACAGUAACAUUAUCCUGGAAACCUGUACAGAAGGUGGAAAUUGGGCAGAAGAGAGCCAAUGAAGAUACAACUUCUGGUUCACCACCGAAGAAAUCUCCAGCAGGACCAAAAAGGGAUGCCAGGCAGAUUUAUAAUCCUCCUAGUGGGAAAUAUAGCAGCAAUUUGAGCAACUUUAAUUAUGAGCAGAGAGGAGCCUUCAGGGGAAGUAGAGGUGGCCGAGGUUGGGGAGCACGAGGAAAUCGUAGUCGGGGAAGACUCUACUGA